GCUUUCCCACUACACCAGCAGCGUUGAAUAGUUGCAGAAUUGAGUAUGUAGUUGUGACCCUAAGUCCUAAAACAUUUACACAAAGUUUGCUGACCUCUGAUCUAGAAAAUAGGGAGAAUGGCCUCCAGAGUGGAGAAUGACAGUAAGGCUGACUGAACCAAUUUAUUGGUUGAAUGAGAUGAUGGAGAGGAACCCAAAAUGGGGAUACCUAUUUUUGGAGGGGUGGAUGCCCAAUGCCAAACAGUGACUAUUGGGCUAGAUCCUGGGAGGCGUGGCUCCGCUCCUGCCCCUCCCUCGGCAAAGCGUUCGGUUGCGGAAGGGACUACAAACCGGUGCGUCAUGGAAGUAGCCUGGACUGUGCGCGGCGCAUUAUGGGAGGGUAUUAACCGGGCCUGAGCGCGCGGAACAGCCCACCCAUGCCCGGCUACGAGCUUCCCGUGGGCACGUGCCCGGAGAUGUGCCCGGCCGCCGAGCGCGCCCGGCGCGAAAAGGAGUGCCGCCUGCACCGCUUCGAGGUGGCGCCGGGGUACCGCGGGGACCGGCCCCGCGCGGAUCCGCAUCGCGCCGUGAAGGAGUACAGCCGUCCGGCCGCCGGCAAAGCCCGGCCUUCACCGAGCCAGCUGCGUCCGCCGUCCGUGCUGCUGGCCACCGUGCGCUACCUGGCCGGCGAGGUGGCGGAGCGCGCCGACGCAUCCCGCGCCGAGGUGGCCGCUUUCGUGGCUGACCGUUUGCGCGCCGUGCGGCUGGACCUGGCCCUGCAGCGCGCGGGCGACUCCGAGGCGGCGGUGGUGCUGGAGGCGGCGCUGGCUGUGCUGCUGGCUGUGGUGGCGCGACUCGGACCCGAUGCAGCUCGCGGGCCAGCAGACCCGGUGCUGUUGCAGGCCCAGGUGCAGGAGGGCUUCGGUUCGCUGCGACGCUGCUACGCGCAGAGCACUGGGCCGCACCCCCGCCAGGCCGCCUUCCAGGGACUCUUUCUGCUCUAUAACCUGGGCUCGGUGGAGGCCCUUCAUGAGGUUCUGCAGCUGCCCGCUGCCCUGCGUUCCUGCCCAGCACUGCGCACGGCCCUGGCUGUGGACGCAGCCUUCCGCGAAGGCAAUACUGCCCGCCUAUUCCGCCUGCUCAGGACCCUGCCCUACCUGCAGAGCUGCGCUGUGCAAUGCCACGUGGGCCAUGCCCGCCGCAGAGCCCUGGCCCGCCUCGCUCGUGCCCUAAGCACCCCCAAGGGCCAGACCUUACCCCUGGGCUUCAUGGUCCACUUAUUGGCCCUGGAUGGGCCGGAGGAGGCACAGGACCUGUGCCAGACCCAUGGACUGCCCUUGGAUGGACAGGAGAGAGUUGUGUUCCUGAGGGGCCGCUACACUGAGAAGGGGCUACCACCUGUGGGGGCUUGCAAAGUGUUGGUGGGGAGCAAACUUGGAGGGCGCACCCUGGAGGAGGUAGUCAUGGCAGAGGAGGAAGAUGAGGGUGGGGACAGAUCCAAAUCCCGCGCUUGAGGAGGGGCUGUGCAGUGUCCCAGAGCCCAGGACUGGGUCUGAGCACUCAGGUUUCUUUUUCAUGAUUCCCACACAAUAAAAGGAACUUGUAGGGACAAUA